GGCUCACGCUUAUAUAUGCGGCGGCUGGGUUUCUUUGCGCAUGCGUCAGCUCAACGUUCUGCGCGGCACAAAGGAGAUGGGCGGAAACAGCCGAGAACCGGCGCGGAGGGAAGUGGAGAGACCAAGACGCCGGGCGGAGGGAUACGUUUCCAUGGGAACGCCGGGAUCUCGCCUGUAAACCCUUGGCCUUUCCCGCGGUGUCCCGCCCCUUCCCCUCCCCCUUUUCCUGUACCCUCCUUAUUUUCCUUUCCUUCUCCCUCCCCCCUUUGAUUUUUCCCAAUCUAGGCGCCGUGAGCUCUGGUAAUCUUACUACAGGUGCAUUAGCCCGGCCUUAUGAAAGGCUGUAAAAUUUAACCGCUCAUGUUGCAGCCGUCGCCGCCUUUCUGCUGGGGGACCCGGCCUAGACUGCUACUCAGUGACCUUUGGGGCUCAUCGGAGGUAAUCGGGAGUUUGGCCAGGAUUUAUCAAAUUAUGGAAAGAAUUAGUCUAUCUCAAGAAAAAUCUCCAGCAAAAAAAUAGAAGUUCUAUAGAGUAUAUUUGUUCUCCGUUAGUCUUAUUGAUUUUUGUUGCUAUCUACUUAACAGGCUUCUUCUCAAAAGGAUUAAACGGAAAAUUCCAUGGGAGCAGGGUCUUUGUUUUGUUCACUGCUGUAUCCCCGGCACCAAGGAUAGUGCUCAGCAUUAGAAGGAGCUCAAACAGAAUAUUUUAAGUAAAAGAAUGAUAGCAGUGUGACUCCACCUCGAUCACCAGAAGCUUUGGAACUCCUACACAAAGCAGUCUGCACACCAAGCCUCAUUUAAAACAAUUCAAUGAGAAUAUCCUAAUGCUGCACCUCACAGCUAUUAGUUUGUUUGCCUCCAAUACAACAGCAACACCUCAGGCUGUGGAAGAAGCGACCCCAGUCAGGAGAGCAGGAGCUACCUUCAUUGCAGACACAUCACUCCACUUCAGAUAUUUCCCACCUCUAAAUUGGAGAAGGAAAUAUGUCAUUCACUCUAAGUAAAAGAGAAAACGAUAAGGAGGAUGACGUGACAUCAUUUACUCUAAUUAAGGGAGAGAAUGAUAAGGAGGAAAAGUUUGAAGACGCCUAUGAAUUUAUCCCUGUGGCAACAACAAUGAAUCUAGUAUCUUCCCUGGAAGAAUGCACAACUGGACUGUAUUUAUUUCUGAAUAACAGAUUCUCAGACGCCAUAAAUCUCAUUCAUCCAUGGUCAAAAAACAGCAUAUACCAUGCUCUACUUUAUAGUAUCCUUACGGUUGUCAAGGGCAUCUUGACUUUUGAUCCAGAGGAUAUACAGAAUGGAACGACUGCUGCCCAAGAAGCUUUGAAAACCUGUCACAGUUUCCGAAGAAAAUCCAGAAUGAUAAGUUUUUCUCAUCUAGUAAGUAAACAGGGAAUAAAGGCAAUCAGAGAAGAGGAAUUGCAUGCAGAAGUCUGCUAUGCUGAGUGUUUGAUCUUGAAAGCCACUAUAACAUUUAUACAGGAGGACAGUGUGCUUAAUUUUCUUAAAAGUGGGAUCAGCGUUGGGUCAAGUUAUCAAAUAUACAAAGACUGUCAACAAGUAUUAACACAUUUACCUAACCACCAAAGCAAAACCCACAGACAUCUGGUUGGAGGAAUAAAAUUUGGACUUGGAGCAUUCAAUUUGAUAUUAUCACUUGUGCCACCAAAGACACUCAAAAUACUCAAUAUGGUCGGAUAUUCUGGUGAUAGAGAGUUAGGCUUGACUUUGCUUAAUGAGAGUGCAUCUGAAUCCCAUUUAAAUAAUAUCUUAAGUCUGUUGACUCUACUCUUUUAUUACAGUUAUAUCCAUGUAGCUUUUGGUGUUGAAAAGGGUCACAGUUCUGCUAUAGAAGAUCUCUUUCUAAUCUACCUUCAGAAAUUUCCAAAGUGUGUCAUACUUAAAUUUUUUCAGGCACGUUUUAGUAUGCUGAAAGGAAAUUUUGAAAAUGCACAAUUAGCUUUAGAGGAGUGCAUUUUUCUCCAGAAUGAAUGGAAGCAGAUUCAUCACCUCUGUUACUGGGAACUCAUGUGGUGUCACAUUUUUCUGCAGGAUUGGAAGCACGCUUACUACUAUGCCGAUCUACUGUUUCACCACAGCAGGUGGUCCAAGACAAUGUAUUUGUACAGUAAAGCUGUACUACUGGCCUUGUUUCCGUCUGAUUUUGUGAAAUCGCUAGGUGAGGAUAUGAACUCUCUCUUCAUAAAAGUGGAUAGCCUGAAAGCCAAAAUUUUAGGAACUUCUGUGCCAAUUGAAAAGUUUGUUGCUGAGAAGGGCCAGCGCUAUGGUACUACCACAGGCUGGUUUACAGCACAGCCCCUUCUGGAAUUCAUUUAUGCCUGGAGUGGUUUCCGAAUCAUGAGCAAAAAACUAGGCCUUAUCAAAAGCUGGCUUUCAAUAAUUGACAAAGGCGAAGAACUUUUACGAGAACAUCCAAAUAAAGAGUAUGGCACAGAUGACAUAAGUUUCUUAAAUUUACUGAAAGGUCUAUGUCUGAAACACUUAGGCAGAUAUUCCAUGGCUGAGGAGUACUUUAAUCGUGUCAUUCAAAAGGAAAAAUUGUUAAAAUAUGACCACUAUUUGGUGCCAUAUACUUACUAUGAACUGGGAGUUCUAUACUAUCUAAAAGGAGAUCAUGCCAAUGCGACAAAAAGCCUGGACAACAUAAAAAACUACAAAGACUAUUCCAUGGAAGCCCGAUUACAGUUUAGGGCUCACAUAGCCCUUGAACAAAUAGCUAAAGAAAAGUGAUUUAGACACAAAGUGUGGUUUUGUUUAUUAUGAAUGAAGUAUCUACAGUCAGCAAGGUAAUUAACAGGUAGGAAAAUCAUUUCAUUGUGGAAGAAAUCCAAGAAGAGGCGGCUGCUAAGAAUCUGACCAGUAACAAGUAAGAAAGGAAUUGGCCAUUACUUUUCCCUCUUUCCUUCUGCAUACAUAUAAAAUGGAAUGUCUUAGACUGGCAAAUGGAGUGAUGCACAUUCUUGAAAAAGAAAAGGCAAAUGAUGUACAUUAUAUACUCUCUUAUAUGUUAUAAAUUGAUCAAUUAUGUUAGAUAGCAUUGUCAAAAACUCAAAAAAUAUUUUUUACCAUCUCACUAGUAUACAACUUGCAAAUAAAAUAGGGAAAGUAGCUACACUAGGAAUCCCAGCCCCCUGUAAAUGUUUUGAUUUAAUUGUUAAAAGAAAGAAAAAAAGACUUUAAGGUCUUACUGACAUUUCAAAACAAUGAUACACUGAAUAGCACAGACUGAAUGGUUUUCCCUCACACACAAUAAUUUUUAUUGGCUUUUUAUACCAGAGAAGAUAUUUUCCCGCUGUGUGAUCAGUAGUACAUUUUACUUGUUUUCAUUGGGAAGCUCAAAAAAGGGUCUAUAAUUUGCCACAGGAUAGAGAAGAAAGGAGUCCUCCCCUUACACACACACACACACACACACACACACCCCUUCUGAAGAUAAUUGGAGGCGGCCAAGGAUGCACUGGGUAGAGAAAAAGACUAGGCUGGUGGAGGGAGAGUUUAGUUACCAUAGCCUAGCUUAGUUGCUCUCCCUAACGUGCAAUUCCUAUUAAGACUUCAACAUAAUUAAACUGCUUGCAUCUAUCCUGUUGCGAUUGUUAGUGGGCUAACCUGAGAGCAGCUGUAGGUAGGGGGCUCCAUAUUGUUUUGCCUGCCUUAGGGAUAAAAUCAGUACCUAAUUUCCAGACCAUUAAGUCUGGCUGAGUGUAUCCUCCUUGCAGUCACUCUUGGAAACCGAAGUUCCUGGGAAAGUUUGGUUUGCUAAAACACAAGUGUAACACUUUCUCGUAAUGCUUUGGCUGUGCAGACAACUAACUGAACCACAAUGAGGAGCUAAUAUUUCAGAUUUAGAAAUGCUUACUUUGAAAAACAUGCUCCUCAUUAAUUAAAAAUAGACCUUUAGGUGAACAGUUGUGGUUGAGUUAUUCUCCAUUAUUUAAUCAGUAUGGUAUAGUAGUUAAUUUAACCACUCUCGCCUGAUUACCUGACUUUGUGUCCUAGCUCUGUCACUAACCAGCUAUGUGGACUUGGGCCUCUGUGCCUCAGUUUCCUUAGCUAUAAAAUAGGUAUAAUAAUAGUUCCUAUCUCCUGGUUUUUGUGUGUUAAUUAAGACAGAGUUAAUACACAUUUAUUAUUACUACUACUACUAGUAAGAAUUAUAACACAUUGUUCUUCAGUGCAGAGGAUUUAAAUUAUUUUCUUGGGAAGAAACAAAGGUCUCUUUGUUACCUGCUUUGCCAAUCUAAAAUUUGACCUGUUAACUUGCUUUUUCUAUUCUUGUUUAUCUUGGUCACUUAUGAAAUAAGUAACUCUCUGCCUAAAUUAUGGUUUUGUGUUUUGUCCCAGCUUCUUCCAAUAAAUAGCAAUUUGUUAAUUGGUUAAACAAACAUAUGUUGAAUGCCUACUAUAUGCAGGCACAGAACAGGGUACUGAGGAUAUAAAGUGUGGUCCCUCUCCUGAUGGCUCCAUUAGGGAGAUAAGUUAGAAAAGGAUUUUGUUGGGGUGGAGACACUUAAAACAGUUCCUUAAACAGACAGGAGUUUAUUUGGUCCAAACAAAAGCAAUCUGAAGUUAGGUGGCUCCUUUUACUUUUAUUUUUCCGUUUGGCCUGUAGGCCUUCUCUUUCAUGUCUUCUCACGGUGGAAAGAGGCCUCACCUCCAGGCCUUCUGUCAAAGCCAUGCAGAUUGGAAGAGGAAUGGUUAAGGCACAGAAAAGGCUUUCUCCUUCUUAGCAAGCUUUGCCUUUUUACUUUGGAAGGAACAGCCUUCCUAGGGACUUCCAUGUAUAUCUCAUUGGCCAGAAAUAUUUAUGUGGCCACUUCUACCUGCAAGGGAAGCUGAAGGUUGAGUUUUAGCUUUCAAACCUCAUUAGGAGGUUGUGGGAAAGGAUCAUUAAAUGAACCAACCUACAGUAACUGCCACAACACAUAAGAUACAAAAUGGUAUCGAGGGGCACAGUUGAAAAGGCGGCAAGGCAACAAUGAGAUCGGGAACCACCUGGGGAAGAUUUUAUGGGGGCUCUAACAGGAAAUCUUGCAAUUGGCAUUUCCUUGGUGAAGUUGCCACCCACAGCAGAGGUUCUGGCCCUUAACUGGUCCAAGAGUUGACCAGACACCUUGAGGCUGAUUCUCACUAGUCAAACUCACAAGAGACUAAGGUAGAAUUUACCCUGCUGAUUUAUUUAUUUAUAGUGGGGACUACUCCAUAGUUGCAAACUCAAUUUCUUGUAGGGAUCAAGCAGGUAAUGUAAACAUAAGAAGAAGCCAAAUGUAGAACAAUAAAAAUGGUGGAAAAUGAA